AGUAUAAGUAGCGGGCAGCGGGCGGCGGGGCGCAGUCUGUGCGGGGCUGGUGCGGGGCUCGGACCGGGCGGCGAUGGCGAUGGCGCUGCACCUGCUGGUGCUGCUGGGGGCUGCGGCCAUCCAGGGGGGCGACUCCAGCCCAGGCCCAGGCCCAGGCCCGCACUCGCUGCGCUAUUUCUACACGGGGGUGUCGCAGCGCGGCUCGGGGGUGCCCGCGUUCAGCACCGUGGGCUACGUGGACGGGCAGCUCUUCGUGGACUACGACAGCGAGACGGGGCGAGCGGAGCCCGGCGCGGCCUGGGCGAAGCGGCGGCUGGACCCGCAGUACUGGGAGCGGGAGACGCAGAUCUCUCGGGGCGAGGAGCCCUGGUUCCGCGAGAGCCUGGAGACCCUGCGCGGCCGCUACAACCAGAGCGGGGGAUUUCACACUCUCCAACUGAUGUACGGCUGUGAGCUCCGGGGUGACGGCUCCAAAGCGGGGUUUGAGCAAUAUGCGUACGAUGGGCGAGACUUCAUCAGCCUGGAUAAGGACCAGGAGACCUGGGUGGCGGCAGAUGACAAGGCUCAGAUCACCAAACGGAAAUGGGAUGCUGACAGGAGCUUCACUCAGAGACAGAGAGCCUACCUGGAGGGGACCUGCAUCGAGUGGCUGGAGAAGUACCUGGAGUACGGGAAGGAGACGCUGCAGAGAAGAGAGCCACCGCGGGUGCAGGUGAGCGACCGGCCGAGCCAGGAUGGGGGUCUCACCACCCUCUCCUGCCAGGUCCACGGCUUCUACCCACGGAACGUGGCCGUCGUGUGGCUGAAGGAGGGGGUGGCCAUGCCGCAGGAGACGAAACAUGGGGACGUGGUUCCCAGCGGGGACGGGACCUACCAGACCCGGGCCACCAUAGAGAUCGACCCCAGCAGUGAGACCAGUUAUACCUGCUGCGUGGAGCACCCCAGCCUGGCGGAGGAUCUGAGAGUGCCCUGGAAGCCCAAGUCCAGCGUGAUGCUGAUCGUGGGUGUUGUUAUUGGGGUUGUCGUGCUGAUCGCUGCCAUCACUGGAGCCGUUUUCUUCCACAUGAAGAAGAAAGACGGCUACAAAAAGGCUGCAGCUCACGAAGGCUCUGCCAGCUCCGGAAGCAACCAGGGAUCGGACACCUGUGUCAAUGCGUGACGGAGCCCGUCGGCCCCUGCACAGCCUGCUCGGGGGACCCAGACUCGAGGAGAGACAGGAGCAGAUCAGGCUCCUGGGAAUGCAACGGCUAAUCAGCACCUUCCACAACCUGCUUAAAGCCCUUUGCCUUGAUUGUACCCAGACUUAACGCCCGGCUGUGAGACAGGAGCUGCAGCAUUCACUUUAGAAUUGAACUCUCUGUGGCAGCAGACUGCCAGGGAUGGUCGGGGUCGCUUAUUGUUUGAUUUCUACAGAAUUGUCUUUUCAUUUAAAAAAAAAAAAAAUCUUGCAUCGCUGAAGAUCUUGUUUGUCUAGAAAAAUAACCAGGGUUGGGUGGAAUGAAUUAUUAGCGUAGUGCUGUACCCAGGACGUACCGUUCUGUCUGCUUUGAUUGUAACAGACCCAGAUUUCUGUUUCUGUGGUUAUUAAGAUAUUAUUCUUUUUGCUGCUGCAGCUUUCUGUGUAAUGAGAUAAAUCCUGCUGUCAGGUCACUGGUCACUCAAGUGUAAGGCCUUGUCUACAUUGCGAUUUGCACUGGUGUAACUAUAACCGUGUGAAUUUAAAGUGGGCUAGUUAAAUCCCUCUGUGGACACGCUUAGUCUGCUAUAAGACAUGGCUUGUUUUGAUUUAAACUGAUUCCCAAGUGACUCAAGCGACACCAGAAAAAGCCACCUCUCCUACCAGAAUCAGUGUCCCCUAACUGAUCUGGUGCAAUUUUGCGUAUAGACGACGCCUAAGCUUGUGCCGGUUCUGUUCCCAAAUGGGUUGAUUUUUGUGUGUGAUGGAUGUAAUUUUUUUUUUUUGUUUAAGAUUUUAAAAACAGUUUUAAAUAGUAGCAUGUUACAUCUCUUGGCAAUUUUCAUGUGGACACAAUAAAUGUAGGUUUGGGGGUUUUAAUCUCU